AUGCGAGGCGAACGAACUGUGGUCGAACGAUAUACUCUAGUUACACAGACUGAAGCCAGUGCGCGUACUUGUAUCGAAGCAAUUUUCUUCCGAGCCGUGGCGAUGCUGCUCUCAUCAUCGUUCGCGGAGCAGGAGCAAGGAAAGCAGCUGGUCCUUGGUCUCGAGCUAUCUGUCUCCGCUACUGUUGGCCAGGCGGUCUUGAAAGGAUUUACAGACUACACUAUCCUCAAGGCCGGAAAGACGCAUGCUGGUGAAAUUAUCUUUGCUCACCGACUUACAGACGAGAGGAGUAGGAAGGGGAGGGAGAGGAUACGACGCGUCCGUGCCGCGCUAUCGGCAUGGAAACCCUCCCAUCCCUUGACCUUGAAAUUCCUUCGACUUUUUCUCCCCCGCUCCGCCCAAGAUACCCUGAUAUCAACACUAUAUCCUCUCCAACCACUGCAUCAUCCGCGCCGUUUCCGCCCAAAGUUCGUCAGACCUCAACCCUCUAUUGGCCCAACUGAAACGGUUGCCUACGACACUCAGCUCGAGCCUGGCGGUAAUCGGCGAGACGAUAAUGUUGCCUGCGCGUCAGACUUUCUUGGACCCUCAUCCAUCCUCUUUAACCUUCUCAAACCUCGUUUACGUGCACCCUGA